AUGUGGGCAUACGGACUGCUACUGAGGCGGGGGAAACCGACGCCCCCGGCGGGGGAAACCGACGCCCCCGGCGGGGGAAACCGACGCCCCCGGCGGGGGAAACCGACGCCCCCGGCGGGGGAAACCGACGCCCCCGGCGGGGGAAACCGACGCCCCCGGCGGGGGAAACCGACGCCCCCGGCGGGGGAAACCGACGCCCCCGGCGGGGGAAACCGACGCCCCCGGCGGGGGAAACCGACGCCCCCGGCGGGGGAAACCGACGCCCCCGGCGGGGGAAACCGACGCCCCCGGCGGGGGAAACCGACGCCCCCGGCGGGGGAAACCGACGCCCCCGGCGGGGGAAACCGACGCCCCCGGCGGGGGAAACCGACGCCCCCGGCGGGGGAAACCGACAAUCGGUGUGUGCCUCAUGGUUGA